CUCGUGCCCAAUUCAACGACGCUCGUUUGAAGAACCCAAUUUGGCAUCCUGCAAGCCUCGCAAUACAGCCUUGCCGCCUUUUUCUUCUCGUUCCCUGCUGCUGGUGCGCGCGCCGAGCUCGACGGAACCAAAGGCUGCUUUCACCCUGAGCCUUGCGCUGCAGCAGCCUGUUUCUGCUGUGUUUCUGCCUCUUGCAGCCUUUCCCCUCCUUUGUGUCCCCUCUCUCUCACCUUGCUUUUGUCGCUCUCUGUCGCCUCUUUUCUGAGCCAUUUCCUCCAUCGCUCGUUAUUCUUCUCGACGACCGUUUCUUCCCCUCAGUGGUCUGACCCAGUCACUCGAUUUUCUGUUCAAAAGGAGGGGGAGAAAGGGGGCUUCUGCUGGUCACGACGCAAUGGAAUCGACAUCACCAAACGCAGACACCAACACAACGAACCACCCCAUGGCACCUCACAACGACAUCGAAGCCUUCCACCAAGUGCUGCGGUCCAGCCGUCGAAUCCUCGCUCUUUUGGGCGCAGGGCUUUCGGCGGACUCAGGUUUGCCUACAUUUAGGGGGCCUGGUGGCUAUUGGAGAAACUACGAUGCCACACAGCUAGCGACGGUGAGGGCCUUCAAGAUGGACCCUGGCAUAUCGUGGCUUUUUUAUGCGUACCGCCGACACCUGGGGCUCAAAGCAGAGCCGAAUUUGGGGCACAAGGCGUUGGCCGCGUUGGCCAGGCGGAACAUGGACUUUUUGUGCCUGACGCAGAAUGUCGACAACCUCUCGCAGCGAGCAGAACAUCCUUCUUCACAGCUCAAGUGUCUCCACGGCUCCCUCUAUGACAUCAAGUGCUCAAACGAGAGCUGCGACUGGAUCCAAAAAGGAAAUUUUGACGACCCCUUUUGCGCCGUGCUCGCUCCCGCUUCCGUAGACAUGCCCAAUGGUGAGCCAUUGCCGUUGCUGGACCCGUAUCACCGUAUCAAACACAUCACCGAGGAUGAGUUGCCAAAGUGCCCUCAAUGCAACAAAGGUCUGCAGCGGCCGGGCGUGGUCUGGUUUGGGGAGGAUCUGGAUGCGACUAUGAUGAUGGACAUCUCGGCAUGGAUACGUGCUGAGCCGAUAGACCUCAUGUUCGUCAUUGGCACUUCGGCGCAGGUUUAUCCUGCUGCCGGCUACAUUGAAAAGGCAAGGAAGCGAGGCGCGCGCAUCGUCACCAUCAACCCCGAAGCGGAAGACGAGGCGGAAAUGUACAAGAUAAAGCCGGGCGACUUUGCCUUUGGCAGGAAUGCGGCUGAAUGUCUACCGAUUCUCCUGGAACCUGUUAUUGGCAAGCCGGAUGAGGAUGGCGAGUUUGAGAUGCCCUGAUUUGCUCGACCAGGUAUCAUAUACGCUGUUAUUGGGUCUCUCGUCUUUUGCUGCUAAAUGUCUCUGGGUGUUUUUGGUUUUGGAUCUCUUCCCUCCUUUCUCUCUAUCUUGAUGAAAAUAUGAUGAUUUGUCUUGGGUAGCUAUAUAACACACAUGGGUUAUGGAAUCAUGAAAUAUGGUUUGUUAUGGG